AAUUUGUUUUAUAAAAUGAAGAGAAUGCCAGCCUACCAUCCCACCAUUCCUUCAACAGAAAACAAAAUAGGGGGCUUAGCACUUCUACCACUACGGCAAACUGCAAAGGGUUCUGAACGUGGACCAGCUCCACUGACAACAAACGAGGAUAUUGUGGACCAAUCUCUAGAUCUAUUCAAGGCGAAUAUAUUCUUUAAAAACUUUGAGUUUGAAUCAUCAGAAGAUCGAGUAUUGGUUUAUCUUACCCUCUAUAUAGUGGAAUGUCUCAAGAGACUGCAGAAGUGUUCAAGUAAGGAGAAAGGGUUGCAGGAAAUGUAUAGUUUUGCACUGGAACAAUUCUCUCUGCCUGGAGAUUCAAGAUUUCCUUUAAAUGCAUUCUUCACAAAGCCUAAAAAGUAAGAUUUCUAUUUUUCU